CAUAAGCGUCCCGCUAUGAAGCUGAGAGCAGAGUCGCCUGCAGAGCACCUCCCCGAUAACAUCUCUCUUUCGGGCAACGGAACUGCCCAUAAGAUCAUACCGAGUGAUGCUAUCCCCCACACACUUCUUCCACGCCCGGUGCCAAACAACUCGGCAGUGUGGGAGGACGCCGUGGAGACGGUGGUCAAAAGUGUCGUGGCCCUCCAUUUUUGCCAUGCGCAUCCUUUUGACGGCAACAGAGCCUAUUCAUCACAGGCCACCGGCUUUGUUGUUGAUGCGACAUGCGGAUAUAUCUUGACUAAUCGCCAUGUGGUCUCGGCCGGUCCAUUCUAUGGAUACUGUAUCUUCAACAACCAUGAAGAGUGUGACGUCCGGGCCGUAUAUCGAGACCCAGUUCAUGAUUUUGGCAUCCUUCAAUUCGAUCCGAAGGCUGUUCGCUAUAUGGAAGUGACAGAGCUCAAACUACGUCCGAACGAAGCUCGAGUAGGCACAGAAAUUCGACUGAUUGGCAACGAUGCUGGGGAGAAGCUAAGUGUCCAACCCGGCGUAAUCAGUCUGUUGGACCGGAAUGCGCCCCAGUGUGGCGAUUUCAAUACAAACUAUAUUCAGGCGGCAACUUCGUCGAGCGGGGGCAGUUCCGGGAGUCCGGUCGUCAAUAUCCACGGCCACGCGAUCGCUCUACAAGCGGCCGGUCGAACUGACGCGGCAACGAAUUUUUUCUUACCUCUAGAUCGACCCCUCAGGGCGCUUGAAUGUAUCCGCCAAGGCAAACCGAUCACCAGAGGGACACUACAGACGGUGUGGCGUCUCAAACCCUUGGAUGAAUGUCGCCGCCUUGGAUUAACGCCUGAAUGGGAGGACGAAGUCCGGAAAACUGCUCCCGCCCAAAACAAGAUGCUGGUCGUCUAUAUCAUUGUUCCCGGAGGACCAGGGGAUGAGAAACUGCAGGAAGGGGAUAUAUUACUAAAGGUGAAUAAUGAACUUCUGACGCAAUUUAUCCACCUUAGUGAGAUACUCGAUUCGAGUGUUGGCGGUAACCCAGUCAAGCUGCUGGUGCAGCGAGGAGGGCAAGACCUCGAGGUAGAAUGCAAAGUUGGUGACCUCCACGAUAUUGUACCGGCUCGAUUCGCCCAGGUUGCUGGUGCGACUUUCCACGACAUAUCGUACCAAGUUGCCAGCCAGCAUGAGAUUCCGAUUCGUGGGGUAUACCUUCAUGAACCAAGUGGCUCGUUUCAAUUGAACGGGAGUUCGAGUGUGAUUAUCGACAUGGUUGAUCAUUUGCCAACGCCGAACCUAGAUGAGUUUAUUCAGGUGAUGACAACCAUACCGGACCGGGCUCGUGUGGUGAUCGCGUAUCGUGAAUUACACGAUCUACAAACUAAAAUAACCAGCGUGAUUGAUGUGGAUCGCCACUGGCACCCGAAAAUGCGAUUAGCAGUUCGCAAUGAUGAGACUGGUAUCUGGGACUUUUCAGACAUCGCUGAAGCAAUCUCUCCUCAUGUCCCCAUUCCUUAUCGGGCCGAUUUUAUUUCGUUGCAGAACGUUUCUUGCGGUGUCUUUGAAACUAUGCACAGCAUCAUCAGUGUGAAAUAUACUGCACCCUUUCGGCUUGAUAAUUACCCGAUGAAGACAAAGGCCGGCUUUGGCCUAGUGAUCGAUGCCGAAAAAGGGUUAGCCGUUGUUUCAAGGGCUAUUGUGCCCCAUGGGCUAUCUGACAUCAAUGUCACCGUCGCUGACUCAAUAACCAUCAACGCCCAAGUCGUCUUCCUACAUCCGUUGCAGAACUAUGCUAUCAUCCGGUACGAUCCCAGCCUUGUACAAGCCCCUUUACAAAGCGCGCGCCUUAGCAGUGAGCACCUCAAGCUAGGACAGGAAACCUUUUUCGUCGCCCUCAACCAAUAUUCCAAUAUCCUCGUGGCCAAGACUACCGUUACUGAGAUCAAGCCUACCUCAAUACCUGCCUCGGUUUAUUCCCCUAAGCCCCGAGCUAUUAAUCUCGAUACAAUCCAAGUGGAUACACAGUUAAGCCACAGCUGCGAAGGUGGUAUAUUAGUGAGCGAGGACGGCAUAGUGCAAGCUCUAUGGAUGGACUUUGACGGUGCUGACUAUACCCGUUGUUACGGGUUGACGAUACCGUUUCUUCUUCCCAACAUUUCCAAUAUCGAAGACGGCACGGCUCUGAAGUUACGAAUUCUCAAUAUAGAGUGUGAUGUUGUGCAAAUAGACCAAGCACGGAUCAUGGGCGUUCCAGAAGAUUGGAUUCAGAAGGUCAUGCAGAUGAGCUCUUUGCGUCAUCAGCUGUUCAUAAUCCGACGGGUUGGAUGUCAUCCAGGGAAACAUGUCUCUGAUGUGCCGACUGACGGCUUUCUGGAGGCUGAUAUUGUUCUCUCUCUGGAUAGCCAACCUAUAACCCGUGUUUCAGAACUAAACAAGAUGAGCGAGGAGGAGUCCUUUGAUGCAUUGAUUGUACGCAACCGUCAACUGAUGCAUGUUCGAGUUGCAACUGUUGCGAUAGAACAUUUGGAGACCGAUCGUGUGGUUUUCUUUUGUGGUGCUAUCCUCCAGAAGCCUCAUACCGCUGUGCGUCAGCAGAUCUCUAAGCUUCACAGCGAGGUCUAUGUGAGUGACUACUACGAUGGUUCUCCUGCUAGUCUAUAUGGUCUUUCAGAUGCGAUCUUCAUCACUAGUGCCAAUGGGAUUUCGACCCCCACUCUUGAUGAAUUCGUCAAGGUGGUAAGGAAAAUACCCGACAACACCUACUUUCGACUGCGAACUGUACAACUGGAUGGCAGACCAUCGGUGGUUACUAUGAAGAAGAAUGACCACUACUCUCCCAUGCAAGAGUACGUGAGGGACUCCUCUGUUUUGGACGGCUGGCGAAUCGUCUCUUAUGACAAUAUUGACGACGAAGCCGAGAUCUCGUCAGAUGCAGUAACUGAUGAUAUCUAUGCUGGCAGUGGGGAUAUGGAUUAA